CUCCGAGCUUUAUCGACAGCACCUCCCGAGCGGGAGACUGCAGCAGGAUGGCAAACCACCGAGGAAUAAAUGAAGCAGGCUGAAAUGCUGGCUUCAAAAAAACCCAAACCAAACAACAAAAAAAGGCAAAAAUUGCAGGAGGGAUCUGCGGGGGUCUGGUGGCACCAGCCAUGGAGCCGUACGUCCUGCUGGACCCGCGUCAGAGAGCGUUGUAUCGCGACGUGAUGCAGGAGAGCUACGAGACGCUGAUGGCGCUGGAAUUCCCCGUUUCUAAGCCCGAUCUGCUGUCCCGCCUGGACCACGGGGAUGAACCUACAGCCCUGGAUCUCCACGUGCCCAGGGACACCCCAGCCGCAGAGGAUGGAACGGGAGCAGAGCAGGAAACCCCUGGAGAAGAAGCUGCUGAGAAAGAGCCCGAAGUGGUGAAACCUGCAGGCGAGGAGCAUCCUUCGAACCCCAUCAAGACUGGGGCAAAGGCGGGCAGGAGCGGGAGUCUGGGGGAGAUGCCCACACGCCCAGGCGAGAGCCAACCCAGCAACACGUGCGGCGAGUGUGGGAAGAGCUUCAGCCACAAGUCAGCCCUCGUGAAACACCAGAAGAUCCACACUGGCGACCGCCCCCAUGAAUGUCCCGACUGCGGCAAAUGCUUCAUCCAACGUUCGGACCUCACCAUCCACCAGCGGGUCCAUACGGGCGAGCGGCCCUACGCCUGCCCCGACUGCGGACGUCGCUUCAGCGUCAGCUCCUCCUUGCUCACCCACCAGCGUACCCACGCGCCCGGCGGGGAGAAACCCAACCGCUGCCCCCAGUGCGGCCGCAGCUUUGCCGAUCCGGGGGCCCUCGACCGGCACCAGAAGAGCCACCUUGGUGGGAAGCCCUACGAGUGUGGGGUGUGUGGGAAAGCCUUCGCCUGGAGCUCCCACCUUGAGCGGCAUCGGCGCAUCCACACCGGUGAGAAGCCCUUCCAGUGCGCUGAAUGUGGGCGAGCCUUCGCCUGGAGCUCCCACCUCGACCGCCACAUGCGCACCCAUGCUGCUGCUGCCGCCGCCUCCGAGGAUGAGGACGACGGGGAGGCGGAGGAAGAGCCCCCACCGCCCCCCCAGAAAUGCGCUGACUGCGGCAAGCGCCUCAACCACCAGACGGACCCCCAGCGCUUCAAGCACAAGGGUACCCAGACGCCGCCAGCGGGUGCCGACCCUGCCCGCAGUCCCCCGCAGCCCUACCGCUGCGAGCAGUGCGGCAAAUGCUUCGGCCAGAGCUCCAACCUCCUCAAGCACCAACGUGUCCACACCGGCGAGCGGCCGUACCCCUGCCCGGAUUGCAAACGCUGCUUCCGCUGGGGCUCAGCCCUGGCCAAGCACCAGCGCACCCAUGCCCGGCAGCAGCAAACCGGUGACGCCGCCAAAACCGUGUCGGCAGUCACCGAGGAAGCUGGUGCUGGAGGAGGUGGCAGCAAACCCUACCCAUGCGGGGCGUGCGGGAAGAGUUUUGGCUGGGUCUCACACCUGGAACGCCAUCGCCGCAUCCACACUGGGGAGAAGCCCUUCCGCUGUGGUGAGUGCGGGCGGGCAUUCGCCGUCAGCUCCCACCUGGAACGGCACCGCCGGGUACACACCGGCGAGCGGCCCUACCGCUGUGGCGAGUGCGGGAAGAGCUUCGCCGUCAGCUCCACCUUGUUGGCUCAUCGCCGCACGCAUGCCGCGCAACCGGGCCGGCCCCAUGCCUGCCCUGAGUGUGGCAAGGGUUUUAGCACGCCAGCCAGCUUGGAACGACACCGGCGGCUUCACCGGGGCGAGAAACCCUACCAGUGCAGCGUCUGCGGCAAAGGCUUCGCCUGGAGCUCCCACUAUGACCGGCACCGGCUCACCCACACUGGCGAGAAACCCUUUUCCUGCGCCCACUGCGGCAAAUGCUUCGGCCGCAGCUCCCACCGCAACCGGCACCAGCGUGCCCACGCGCAGGGCAGCUCGGAGAAGCGGCACAUCUGCCCAGAAUGCGGCAAAGCCUUCGGCCUCGGCACGGCCUUGGCGGCUCACCAGCGACUGCAUGCCACCGCUGGCACAGGGGGCCGCAGCCCCCUCUCCUUGCUGCCGCCCGUGUGGUGGGAGGGCGAGAGGCGAGAGGGGACAUCCACCCCCGCCGAGCUCUGGCCCGAAGACCCCAGCUCUGUUUUCCAGCAGCACCCCGUGCCUUCCUCCUCCUCUUCCUCCUCCUCCACAGCCCCCAGGGGCUGGGCUGCCAAGGCUCUCCUGCCCCCCGCCAUGGCAUGGAGGCCUGGGGAGGGGGAUGCCCUGCAAAGCAAUGCCUCUGCCCCCCAGGAGCCCUGGGCUUCCUUGCCUCCCCCCAGUGUAGCUCUUCUGGGCGGCGUGACCCCGCUGAUGGGCGAGGAAGGGGGGAGCCUCGCCGAAACGUUUGCCGCAGUCGCCGCAUUUAUAGGGCCGGUCAGGGGAGUGGGUUUUGCGGUGCUGGAGGAGCGUGGCCCCGACCGUGUGCUGCCAGCUCGGCUGCGCCGGCAAAGCGUUUGCCGCAAUCGCCGCACUUAUGCGGCCGGUCGCUGGCGUGGGUACGGCGAUGCUGGAGGAGGUGGGAGCUCUGGCUGCUCCAGCAGAGCAUCCCCAUCGCUGUCGAGAGGGACGGAGAAGGACAUGGCCACAGCAGAGCCAGCACAGUAUCCAGUGACCUUCAAGGAGGUGGCUCGGUACUUCACCGAUCCCGGCCAGCAGGCCCAGUACCAGGAAGCCAUGCAGGAGAGCACUAGAAAUUACUCCUCUAUAGGGAAACUCCAGGGAUGCACAGGGAAUUGCUGUUCCCCCGUAGCCUUCGCCCCAGAGAUAGACUCAUCUCUCAUCCCACCAGUGAGAAGAGCUUCCAUCCUCGGAGAUGGGGGUCCCGGCACCCCUGCCCUGACUGUGGGGAAAAACUUCGGGGUCUUUUCCAACUUGCUCUGUCACCAGCGGAGCCACGGUGGGGACAAACCCAACAAAUGCCCCGAUUGCGGGAAGGGUUUCAGGCACAGCUCGGCACUGGUGACACACUAUCGCAUCCACACAGGCGAGAAACCCUACCAGUGCGCCCAGUGCGGCAAGAGCUUCAACGUGGUGUCCAACCUGGUGCGUCACCGGUGGAGCCACACCAGGGAGAAGCCCUACAAGUGUCCUGACUGCGGCUGGCGUUGCAGUCAACGUUCCCGCCUGGUGACCCACCGCCGGUUGCACACGGACAAGCGCCCGUACCUGUGCCGGGAGUGUGGGAAGAGCUUCAAUGUCAGCUCCAAUCUCAUCAAACUUCGCCAUACCCACACCGGGGAGAAGCCCUACAAGUGUCCCGACUGCGGGAAGCAUUUCAGCGGCAGCUCCAACCUCAUCACCCACCAAUGGCUGCACAGCGGUGAGCGACCCUACAGCUGUGCCGACUGCGGCAAAGGCUUCACCAUCAGCUCCAAGCUCAUCGCCCACCAACAGACGCACAGCGGUGAGCGACCCUACAGCUGUGCCGACUGCGGCAAAGGCUUCAGCAACUGACCCCACCUCAUCUGGCACCGCAGUGCUGGCCGGCAGGAGAAGCACUACAAGUGCUCCGAGUGCGGCAAAAGUUUCACCACCAGCUCCUACCUCCUCACCCACCAGCGCAGCCAUACUGGAGAGACCCCCUUCCUCUGCGGCGUGCGUGGCAAGAGCUUCGUGGUGGUCUCCAACCUGGCACGGCAUCGGUGGGUACACACCAGGGAGAAGCCGUUUCAGUGUGGGAAGCGCGGGCGACAGUACAGCCAACGGGCUCAUCUCACCACCCACCAACGGGUCCACGCCGUCGAGCGACCCUAUGUCUGCAGGGAUUGCGGGAAGGGCUUCAACGUCAACUCGUCUCUCACGAAGCACCAGUGGGUGCACACCGGGGAGAAGCCCUACCGCUGCCCCGAGUGUGGGAAGAGCUUCAGCCAGAGCUCCAACGUCAUCAUGCACCGGCAGCUCCACCAUGGCGAUGGCGUGCUCCAGCUCUGUGCAUGAGUGGCUCCAACUCGCCACGCCGUGCUGGUGAAGCUCAGCGAUGCCAGCCCAGCCAGAAGGUCUAUCUCCAAAGAAGUCAACCAGGACUUGGCACAUGUGGGAGAGGGAAGAAAGAUGAAGAGAAUGAUGGGGACCACCAUCAGCAGAAAACACCAACUCAGGCAUGUAAUGAGGGAGACAAGGAAAGAUAUCCAUGGCGAGAGGACAGGCCCUUGUUAUUCAGUUCAUGCAAGAUCUGCUGGGGAUGGAGGAGGAGAAAUGCGCUCCAUCUUCACCUUUUAUAACCUUAUCCACAGCAGCCUGCAACUCCAAGAUACCGAUGAAGGACCCUCGACGUUGCCUCCUCCGGCGAUCCGCCUCGGUGACCACCCCCUUGCAAAGGACGUCCAUGGAGAUGUUCAUCAGCCUCUUCGCCUUCGCUGACAUGCGCCCGGUCAGCAGUGGCAGCUGGCUCAGCAGCCUGGAGAUGUCCCUGCCGUAAGAUCCCUUCCUGAACGAGCCGUUUGAUCCCUUCGGAGCUGGUUUCCAUCGCCCUGCCUGAGCCGGAGACCUUUUCCACUUAAGCAGAGGUUUCGUCCACUGGACUUUCUGCUUCUUCCUCCUCCUCCUCCUCGGGGUUUUUCCUCUUCUCUUGGUGGCUGCAGCCAUGGGGUCUCCUUCAGGCUCAGUGCUCCUCCCUGCAAAGGUGUCCCACCAGCGCUCUUAGAGAGAUGGAGAUAUCCAAAUGAGGGAUCAACAGCGCAGCCCAGGAUUGGCCAGCUGCGACAAAGCCUUUAUGAGGCAGCUCUUCCUCAUCCAGAAUUUGCAUAAAGAAAUUUUUUUGGCCUGAAAAGCAUGGAAUUACACCAAAAGAACAUCCUCUUUUUUUUUUUUUUUUUUUUACUUUUAACCCCAGUGAAAAAUCCCCAAAAGUUUUCUCCAAACCCACCUUUCCUUCUGCAUUUCCUUGCCAGAAGGAGCCAGAAACAACUUAAUUUCGAUUUUUCCUAAGUUAAUUAUUGUAUUCACUUAACGAAGGCGCAUGAGGUAGGAAGUUUUUCCAAAAGAGCCGGAGCUAAACCUGGAAAUUUCAGGCUUUGUUUUUCUGGGGCAACUGGAGAAAUGUUGGAAAAAAACCUUUGAUGGAGCCCGCUGGGCUUUGCAGAGUGACGGGGGAGAUUUCCAAGAGUGCAAAGAAUAAGGAGAAAAGCAGUCAGUUUGGCUACGGAAUAAAAAUAGACAGUAAAACUGUUGGUGUUAAAUUAAAUUGGGGAUUUUACUAGCACCAUGAGCAUGUGAGUGUGCCUCUUUUUUUCCAUCUUCCUCUUAAUUUUUCUUUUUAGAGGCGAUGACCAAAUUGCAGCCAGGA